GAGCCAGAUGGGGGGUGGGGGCGAGGAUUGAUUGGGUGCGUGGGUGGUUUUGCGCUGGAAGUCUGAAACACCGUCUUUCUAUUUUUAGCAAGUAAAUGCAAAAGCAGUGGUAAUUCCGUCGGAGGCUUUCAGACAAAAGGGCUUUCACUUCUCCGCUUUUCUUAUGUUUGUAGUCUCAGACCUCUGUUUACGAGGCAGAGCAUGUUUUGAUUAGCACUGCGCGCGCGCGCGAAUUUUUGAAGUCGGUGCUUCGUUAGCUGUCAUCAGCAGCAUACUCACAUUGUUAUCUCUAGGGUUCGUGUAAUUGGGGAUUCUCAAUCUCAUUCUCUACAAUUUCAGCCUUCUCUUCCGCCACAAAGAACGCUCAUCUUUUGGGGGGACGCCCCUUCCCUAUCCACUACUCCCCCUUUAACUAAUUCUCCAUAGUUUUCCCCCCCCCCCCUCUUAAUCUUACGGUGUUUACCGGAUGCUCCUGUGAAGCUCCAACCCCUUACUCAGGUUAUUGGUUUGUGUAGACGGAGAUGAUGAUAGAUCUGUGAACAACUUCUAGCAAGCUUGUAAACGGGGAAAGAAUGUCUUGUGCAACUUUUUAUUUAAACGAUCUCUAGCAUUGGCUAAAUUUCAGUUCCAAUUCUUGAGUGUCAACCUAAUCAUGGAACACGCUUCUUCUCAUGAGGGAAAAGACAGUGGAUACUGGAAUUCUUCUCGAGCCCACGUAGAGGGAUCAGCAUCAUUAGAUGGUAGCACAAAAAAUUCAAUUUCAGAGGAUACGCUUAGCACCUUCUCUGAGCUUGUAAAUUUUGAUACUUAUGCUGGUUGGUACAAUAGCUCAUCAACCACAGAUCAGGUUUUAGCUGAUGGGCUUUCACCAUAUGCCUCGGUACCAUACGCAUCACUUGAUGGAUUCAAUUUAAUGGAGGAGAGCAGUGGGUCAUUCUUGGCUAGCGUCGUUAAUAAGAAUUACAAUGUGAUAAGAAGUUCUCCCAACUCUGGAGAGAAAGUUGCAUUUCAGCAAAUGGAUGCCCGACUUGAGUUCUCUGAUGAUGGAAAUGAUGAUGGGAACUUAAACAAUAAACAUCAUCUGAAUGAAACUUUUGAAGAACUUAAUAACUUAGUGAUGGGCAAUUGUAUAGUUUCUAGGCCGCCUGGCUGGUCACUAGAGGAGAGAAUGCUGAGGGCUUUGUCCCUUUUCAAGGAAUCCGCUGGUGGGGGAAUCUUGGCACAAGUUUGGGUACCAACAAAGCAUGGAGAUCAAUUCAUCUUAACCACAAGUGAGCAACCCUAUUUGCUGGACCAAAUGCUUGCAGGUUACCGUGAAGUGUCAAGGACAUUUACAUUCUCAGCAGAAGGAAGGCCAGGCUCUGUCUUAGGACUUCCUGGUCGUGUCUUUAUCUCUAAAGCUCCUGAGUGGACGUCCAAUGUUGGUUACUACACUAAAGCUGAAUAUUUGAGGAUUGAGCAUGCGGUUAAUCAUGAGGUUCGUGGAUCAAUUGCAGUUCCAGUGUUCGAUCUUUACUCCGAAAUGCCAUGCUGUGCUGUGCUGGAACUUGUCACCACAAAGGAAAAGACUGAUUUUGAUAGAGAACUAGAAAUUGUUUGCCAAGCACUCCAGGUUGUGAAUUUAAGAACUACUGUGACUCGCCGACUUCUUCCCCAGAGUCUCUCAAAUAACAAAAGAGCAGCUUUAAUGGAGAUCAUUGAUGUGUUACGGGCUGUGUGUCAUGCACAUAGUUUGCCUCUGGCAUUGACAUGGAUUCCCUGUUGUUACUUGAAGGGAGUUGGCAAUGAAACUAUGAGAGUGCUAAUUAAGGAGGGUCAUUCAAGUUCUAGUGAUAAAUGUGUAUUAUGCAUUGAAGAAUCAGCUUGCUAUGUUAAUGAUAGAAUGAUGGAAGGAUUUGUUCAUGCAUGCGUUGAACAUCAUCUUGAGGAAGGGCAAGGCACAGCUGGCAAAGCUAUUCAGUCAAACCAGCCAUUUUUCUAUCCUGAUGUCAAGGCAUAUGAUGUUGGUGAAUAUCCGCUUGUUCAACAUGCACGCAAGUACAAUUUGAAUGCUGCAGUUGCUAUCAGGCUAAGGAGUACCUUCACUAAUGAUGAUGAUUACAUUUUAGAAUUUUUUCUACCUGUCAAUAUGAGAGGGAGUUCGGAGCAGCAACUUUUAUUGGAUAAUCUCUCGGGCACCAUGCAGAGAAUUUGCAAGAGUUUGAGGACAGUUACUGAUGCUGAAUUAUCAGGAAUAUCAGCGUCGCUGGUAAAUCUUCAAAAUGAAAAAGUACAAGAUUUUUUGCCUAUAUCUAGGAGAAACUCUCAAAUAGAAUUGAUGGAUGGUGACAAGGACUCAGUCAGUAAGAUUUCUUUGAAGGUUUGCAACUUGAGAAACAAUGGAAUUGAAGAUGCUUAUAACCAGGAAAUGAAUGGGUCAAAAAGGCAGGUUGAGAAAAAGAGAAGCACGGGUGAGAAGAAUGUCAGCUUGAGUGUUCUCCAGCACUACUUUUCUGGUAGUCUAAAGGAUGCCGCAAAGAGCAUUGGUGUUUGUCCUACAACUCUGAAGCGGAUAUGCAGGCAACAUGGCAUUUCAAGAUGGCCAUCCCGUAAAAUAAAUAAAGUGAAUCGUUCAUUAAAGAAAAUCCAGACUGUGCUUGAUUCUGUUCAGGGAGUAGAAGGAGGGCUAAAGUUCGACCCAUCUGCUGGGGGUUUUGUGGCAGGAGGUUCAAUCAUUCAAGAAUUUGAUGCACACGGUCGUCUUUUGUUCUCUGAGAAGGGUAUGCCCGUACAAGAUCCUGAGGGUGUGACAAAAUGCAGAGUCUCGGUGCCUACUGUACCGUGUAGUGAAGGAGAGAAUUCGGCAAUUAAGUUGGAAGAUAAUGAUGUUUAUUUGGCUAACCAGCUUGUGUGCUCACAAGGUUUAAUUAUUCCGAAUUCAGGCGAGGGAGAAUUGAAGAAAGCCAAAGGUUCUUUUGUUGAUUGUAGUCAAGAUUCAAAAUCAAUGGCCCUAGAUAAUGGAUUGUGCCGGAUGGUCAAGGCUCAGGGGUGUCCGGAGCAAGCAUGUCUUGGGUCAGUUGCUACAAAAGAUGGAAACGGAUGGGGUCUGAACAAGGAUGGUCAGGGAGCAAAAAGUUCUGGUCCUGAUAUUGUCUCUUGGAGUUCAAGCUCUCUGGUUGCUGAUGAGAUGGAAAAUAUUGUGGAUAGGGACAAUGGGAUCGUUGAACACAGCCAACCUACUUCUUCAAACGUGACAGACUCAUCCAAUGGCUCUGGUUCAAUGACCCACGGCAGUUCGUCUGGUGCUGAAAGCUUUGAGAAUCAGAAGCCUUCCAAAGUAAAAUCAACGCUUGUUGACAGCGGAUCAAAAAUUAUUGUGAAAGCCACCUAUAAAGAUGAUACUAUACGUUUCAAGUUUGACCGAUCUGCAGGUUGUUUCCAACUAUACGAAGAAGUAGCGACAAGAUUCAAAUUACAAAAUGGGUCAUUCCAGCUUAAAUAUCUAGACGACGAAGAGGAAUGGGUGAUGUUGGUAAACGACUCGGACCUGCAAGAGUGCGUGGAGAUAUUGGAAGAUAUGGGCGCACGUAGUGUGAAGUUUCUUGUUCGUGAUAUGCCUUGCUUCUUAAGCAGCUCGGGUAGUAGCAGUUGCUUCUUGGGAGGCUCCUAGCAUAUGUGAUUAUGCAUGGCUUCGACGUGACCAUUGUAAGUCCUGCUUCAACAAAUAUCUAGAUAUACGAUUUUUCCUAUUGCAGGAGUGGAGCUGCAUGCGACCUGGUUCGAAGAAGUCACGUACCAGAGUCCUAGUGCAACCAACUUUGCUGCUUCCUCAGUGGCUGUUUGGAAGAUUGAAUAGUAGAAAUUCUAGUCAAGCGGAAGCGUUUAGCGUGUUUACUCUAUAGAUCUGUAUAUGCUAGAAGCAGAAUAGAAAUUAGA